GCAUCAUUACCUUGACCAUUACACAUUUUGAUUUUUAUAAAGCAAAUAUUUAUAUAUUCGUUAUUGUACUUCAUGACUUCAUGUGCCUGAUCUGAUUCAUAUUAUAUACCUCCUCCCCUGCUACUUGCUUGCUUGAAAGAUCACCAACAAACUUUUAUACCCAGAAAGAAAAAAAAGAUCAUUCAUCAACGAUAAGUCAAUCACCAAACCAUGAUGAAGAAGAAGAAACAGAGCAGAUCCCAAUCUUCUACUAAGAAAACUCUUGAACCAUCCUCGGAUUCAUCACCUUCACCAAGACUGCUCUCCAUUAUCCGUUCUAAGUUGGCAAGUGGUAAAGACUUGAAGCAUAUGUUCCGAGGCAUGAGGAGUAAACCCGUUCCCGGAUUAUCUUCUCAGUCUAGAAUCGUGAGAUGUCCCGAGUGCCACAAACUUCUCCAAGAACCUUUAGAUGCGACUUCCUACCAAUGUGGUGGAUGCGACUCGAUUCUUCAUGCAAAACGUUUGGAACUGGAAGGCAAUGAUAACACAAACACUAUUCCCAACGCUCUUCUUUCUUCUCAAAACCAUAGUUUAAGUACCGAGGUAGAAUCUGCAGAAGGUGGUAGUAGAACUCCAGUGAGGAGUAUUCAACGGGAGUACAAUUCAAGGGCAUCACCUUCUGUUGAAAGGGGGUAUCAUUCAGAAACUGUUAACAAGCAUAAGACUUCCGAUAUCCACAGAGAAUGGAUGAGAAUGGCUGAUGAGUUCAGUGUGACUGGUAAUUCUGAUGCGUUUGCUUCAGCAAGAAGCUCUCCGUAUAACUCACGCAGCAGUACCUCGCAAUGGAAACAACAUGAAGGAAGAUACGAAGACCCACCUCGGGUUCCUUUCUAUCCAGCAAGUCCUUCCCCUUCUUCUGCAUAUGAAUAUGGCUACAGUAGUCCUUUUCACGGGUCUCACGUUUCUGCAUCAGAGCAGUCUUAUUAUCAUCAUCAACCAAACCAGUUCAAGCAAUAUGGAAGAGAAGGCUCGUUUCAAGAAUCUUCUGUUGCCUCACCUACCCGUUUUCCGGGUGAGACAUCUAAUGGAAAGUACUAUCCCCGGUCUUCGCAGGCUCAGCGGCACGAACUUCAGUAUCAUAAUCUAUAUGAAUCCAGUAACUCUACAACCCCGAUUCGUUCUGUGUACUCUGAGAGUAGUUAUCAAGCAGCUGCAGCCCCACAUCGUUCCACAUACUCUAAGCAUUCCGUAGGGAUUUCUAAGAGUGACACUAGUAGUGAGAAGAGCUCUCGCAGGGACAAGAAACGGUAUGUCAGAGAAAGGAAUCCUGUGGUGAAGCACCAUAUUCUUCCUUCAGCUGGUGGUGCGCCUUUUGCUACUUGUUCCUAUUGCUUGGAACUUCUACAGCUUCCUCAGGUGUCUCCCCAAGGAAAACAUAAGAGAUAUCAAGUGAGAUGUGGCAGUUGUUCCGGUAUACUUAAGUUCUCUCUUCGAGGGAAAACAGAUGCCGUCCUGGAUUCACCUAGCUUUCUGGAUUCUGGCAUGGGUUUUGCUGAUGAGACUGUUACUAAUCACCAGGAUUCAGCUUCAAAAGGUCAUGAAGAGAUUUAUCCAGAUGGAAGUUAUCUGCGGUGUUUAGACGACGAUUAUGGAGAUAUAAUCUGCAAAAGCACCGAUGCUGUUUUAUUGAGCCGAAGUCAGGAAGCAUUUGAGGAUAAGGGCAUUAAAGAAGACAUAAAGAACAUAUCUAGCAUUUUUUUAGAUUCAAAAUUGGAGGCAUUGCAGCCUCAUCUGAAACCUUUGGUGAACCACAGAUUAGGAAAGCAACAACCUGCAUCAAGUGAUACUAUUGCAGAGACUUCAAGGAAUCAUCUAGAGCAAUCUCAGGAAGCUCAUUCAGAAAAGUCAAGCGAGAUGGAUAAUAACAUUAUUGAAAGAGUCAAUUGCAAUUUAGAAGAGUCUGAAUAUGAGAACAAUGAACAUAUUAAGCCAGAAGAGGUAGUUGGAGAAGGAUCAGGUGAGUCCCUGGAGGUUCCAGAAUACAAGAACGAAAGGAUGAGUGAAACAAGAGAACAAGCUGAGAGAGUUGCAGAGAGACCGAUAUCUCAUUGUAAGGAACUUCUAAACAAGAAUGAAUACGUCUAUGAAACAUGCGUACUGUCUAAGGAUACCAGAGACACUCACGAGUUUGAAUGGGAGGAGACUCAAAAAAAUGAAGAAUGUGGAGACGAACAUACAUGGGAAGAGAACAUGGGAGACAAACCGUGGAUGCAUUUGGGGAAAUCACAGUAUAUUGGGGAUUCAAUCAAUGACAGCAGCUUACGCAAUAGUGAAACAUUUGAGGAUACAUCAGUCAAGGAAGAUAUUGAGCACAUCUCAAACAUAUAUCCAGAUGCAAUGUCAACUACACCACAGUCUUCCCUGAAAUCUUUGGUGAACGAUAAUGCCCAAUUAUGUGAAGCUAUAGUCACAAUAUCCAGGAUCCAUGAGGAGCAGUCCAAGCAUAAGUAUGAGAAUUUUAAAGAAAGACAAGAGUUGGAAAUGAAUAUCAGUGACAGAAUCAGGUGUGAGUUAGAGGGGUCUAGAGACACGACAAACGAAACUCUUGAGCUGAACAAGGUGGGCGAAGAUGGAUCUAUUGUUUCUCUCGAGAAGGCGAGUGGGGCAGGUGAAGAGGGACUGUUAUCUCAUCAAAUGGAGUCUCCAAACGAGAAUUUAGAAACUUCCUAUGGAACACUAGAAACAGUUUAUCUAGAAGGAAGCGGAUUUGUAGGUGAAAGAACGUGGGAAGAGAUAAUGGAAGAUAGAGCGGGGUUGCAUUUGGAGGAAUAUGAAAGCAUACCAGUUUGCAUGCAUGAUUAUGAGCUAGAGACAAUACUUGAACCAGACGAGGAUCCUGAUGAAAGAUCAGGAUCCGAUUCACAAAGUUCCUUCAACGAAAAUGGAGGAUCAGAAGAGAGAGUCAUGCUUCAUGAUUCUCAAGAUGCUAUAAUAGAGCACUCCCAGUAUGAGUGUGAGAGCUCAAGCGAAAGACAAGAGUUGAGUAACACCGUUUUUGACAUAGUCAGGUCUGAAUAUGAGACAAAUGAAACGCUUGGGCAAAACAAGAUUGUUGGAGAUGGAUCUGUUGUUUCGGUGUCCCAUGAGGAGGGGCCCUGGCUAGUGGAUGAGAACAAAACCGAAGCGCUAAAAGAUGGUGUUAUGGUGAAAGAUGGACCAUCGCUGCACUUGGAGAAAUGUGAAAACGAAUCAAUGAAAGUGGAGGAAACACUUGAAUGGACUUCAGAAAGAGCUCCAACAUUUCGUCUGCAUGAAUCUGAGCUAGGGGCAAUGCUGGAAAUUGACGACGAUGCUGAUGGCAGAUCACAAAAUAGUUCAAGGAGCUCCUUCAGUGACCAUGAUCUUUCAAAAGAAAGACAGUUGUUCAAUGUGGAGGAGCCCCAGCUGGUGAUUGAUGGCAGAACAGAACCGCUACAAGUAGGCGAAAUGGCAAAAGAUACAGUAUCACUGGACUUGGAGGAGUAUGAAAAUGAAUCAAUGAAAGUAGAUGAGACAUUUGAAUGGACUCCAGGGAGAACUUUGACAUUUCGUCGCCACGAAUGUGAGGUAGGGACAAAGAAUGAACCAGACGCAGAUGAUAUAUUCAGGCUCAGUCUUGACGGCGCACUUGAACAAGAGAGGAUGAUAUUGAUGGCUCAUGAUAAGCAAGAAAAUCCAUGGAACACCUUUAAAAAAUGUGAUGCUGACGAAGAUUUACCAGCAUUUAGUUCAAGGGUGUCUUCAGAGGACUAUAAAUCUCCAAGUAAAAUGGCAGAACUAGAUAGUGAAGGUGAGGAGGAGAUAUCAAGAGACCAGCUAGAGCAUUUUCAGAAAGAGACCGGGAAGUCAAGACUAACCUCUGAACCAUAUGCUCACAUCCACAGCAUAACAGAGCCUUCUGAAAUAGUGGGUUUGCGUCAUGCGUUAUACCAAACGCAAAAUUCACCUCUACGGUCGCCUCUCACGUCACCAAUUCAUACUCCCAUUGGUUCUCCACUGCAUUACCUGAUGGCUUCACAAAUCCGUUCUCCAAUAACUUCAACAAUAAACUCCCACAUAGUUUCACCACUUCGUUCCCCCAUUAUCUCAUCUGGUUCACUAUCUGAUGUAUUGUUCCUCAGCAAAAACGUUGAUGACAAGAAAACAGAAAAGCAUUCUUCCACGGUUUCUUAGUUUUUCCCCCCAUGCUUCAAGGCUUUACCUGCAAUGCAAAACAGUGUGUACAUUGUUUCAAUUUUGUUUUCAGAGUGAUUGGAUUACAUGUAAGGUUUCUUACAUAUGAUUAAAAAAAAAUCAAUUUAUUGAGUAGAUAAAUCUGGUUUUUAACAGAA